GGAAGCGGGCCAUGAUGGGGAUAAUGGGCUUUUAGCACCCACACGAAAUGCGGCAGGCGGUUGAUGCGCUGGCUCGAGCGGAGGACGUCUGACGAGUGCGGGACGCGCUGAGCGGGUCGUGACAGGGCCAAACGUCGCUCAGGAGGGCAACCCAAGUCGAAGAUCACCAACUUCCAUCUGAAAUGUGAUUGGAUGACAGGAGACGUGGGUGAAUGUCAUUCGCUGCCUCGCAUUUUCUUUUUGGACGAGUGUGCACCGACCCAUGUCAGCUUGGCAAGGAUCGACCCUAUCGUGAGCCCACACUCGGUGAAAGGGCAACAAGCUAUCCUGCAUCCUCUUCCAUUCGGUCAAUCUCUGCAUCAGUGGCAGCGCAUCCUCGUCCAGCUGGUAUUGCUUUUUGCGCGGCCCCCGCGCCUCUGUCGGAUGUUGCAAAGGCAGAACGGUCGUCAUCCACAAGGGUCUUCAGAUCGCACAUGGGCCGACUCCUCUUCAACGCCCCGUUGCGACUUUACGCUGCUAAUCAUAUCCCCUUCGAGCCACACCUUUUGCAUUUCUUUCUAUCGAACGCUUUGUCACAUCACGGACUACCUCAUUAGGCCAGCAGCGAGUCGUAUAUUUCUUGGCGCGAGAAUUCACCGAGCGUUCUCAUCUCAAACACGGCUUAUGAGUCUUCAAUUUCCAUUAGGUUUGAUUCGAUUUCUCCAAACAUAGGCCGUUUUCUUCUAGCAUGUCACGAGCCUUCAGUUUGCUGUUCACAACUUUCGGAACUUUUCGAGCCGGGUAGUGCCGGCGAGAGCAGUCUCCUUAAUCUGAUUAGCUGGCGCUUUUGUGGAGAGCCUUGUGGCACGGAGGCGCCUGAUGACGCUGACGAGAACGAGAACAUGCUGGAGGCAUCCUUCGAUUGCUACUUUGCUGACUCCGCGGGCUCAGAGGUUCGAGUUCCAUCACAUCCAAAUCCGUUUCUUGUAGCGCCUGUUGCUGCCCGUUCAGCCAAUACCGGUCCAAGCAUUCAUCUGUGGCUUCUUCGAUCAG